AUGCUGGGGUCACCACAGAGACCAGGGCUGUAUGCCUUGGCAGGUCGUGACAUCUUUGCACAACUUGGGCAGUCUCUUUCUGAACCAAGUGUAACCAAACUUCCUGAAGCUCCCCUUGUCUUCCUUAGCUUCUUCGAGAUUUACUGUGGACAGUUAUAUGACCUAUUAGAUCACAGAAAACGGUUGUUUGCCCGAGAAGAUCAACACCAUGUGGUCCAAAUUGUAGGAUUGAGGGAGGUGAUGGUGGAUUGUGUAGAUAACCUGCUGGAGGUAAUCUCCUGUGGCAGCCGGGAGAGACGCCAAGGUGCAAGUGGUGUAAAUUGUGACUCUUCGCGUUCCCAUGCCCUACUACAGAUCCACCUUAGGGACUCCAAGCAUCAGCUAAUUGGCAGGAUCUCCUUCGUAGACCUAGCAGGCAGCGAAAGGGCGGCCGACACCAGAAAGCCAGACAGACAGAAUCGUAUAGAGGGAGCAGAGAUCAACCAGAGCCUUCUAGCGCUUAAGGAGUGUAUUCGAGCUUUGGACCAAGAGCAUAUGCACCCACCAUUCAGGCAGAGCAAACUUACACAGGUCCUGAAAGAUUCUUUUAUUGGGAAUUCAAAAACAUGCAUGAUAGCUAAUAUUUCUCCCAGUCACCUGGCUACAGAGCAUACCCUCAAUACCUUGCGAUAUGCUGACCGGGUUAAAGAACUGAAAAAGGGAAACACAAACCUGUUGAAUCCUCCCACAGCAAAUAGUAAAUAUUCAGAUGGUCCUUCCCCAAAACUCUCUAAAAACAAGAUGGAAAAGAGCCCCUUGAAAAAAGUAAGGUCAGGGGGAUACACCACAGGCAUAGAUGAUUGUUUUCCAGCAUCUUCUCCAUUGAGGAUAGAAUUUCCCUUUGCUGAUGCCCUUCUCUGCUCAACUCCUAAAUUUGCAACAGAAGAAAAACAUCAUGAACAAAAAGGAGAAGUUUUUCUAGAUCACACUACGCCUGUGAGAGGGACACUAAGAAAUGGGAUGAGUAAGCACUCUAAAGAAUUGGGAAAGAGAUGGGUAGCAAAGGGUACAAAAAAUAAUGUGGGACACUAUCUCAAAGGCUCAGCUAAGAAUGCAGAACAGGCCACAAAACAGUCAGGAGAACACGAGGUACAGGAAAGUAUUUGCUGGAAGAAACUUGAGCAGCGUUUUCUGCUGGAGGAAAAGUUUCCUGGUGAGAGGGAUGUCCAUGACAUUAUCAAGACAAAGAAAGACAAACUCAUGGACAAGAGAGAAAAAAACCAAAACCAAGACCAAGACAGAUGGGAGGAAUAUCAGAAAGUGAGACAGAAGGAAGAGACAGAGGCAGUGAAACAUCUGAGAAGAUAUCAUCAACAACUGCAGAAGCUUCCAUAUCCUCCUGCUUCACUCUCAGGCAGACUGGUUCAGCAGACUUUAGCAGAUCUGGUAGGAAUGAAUAAAUGUGUAGUACAAAGCCAAGCAGUGAAUCGGGGCACUGCUAUUCACACUUCCCCCAAGAUCACACCUGUGGUUUGGGUAGGUGAAGAUAAAGACCCCACCAAUAAUCUUUGUAAAGACCGUUUAGAAACGGAUAAAGUUUGGUGCAGUAGGAGUAGUAGACAAACCAUUAUGACUGUAUGGGAAACUAAAGAUUGUCUUUCCAGAGGUGUAAUACCUGAACAAAUCCUGUCCAGAAGAGAAGAAAGUGCUGAAGUGACUGGCAGCAGUCAGGAGAGUUCGAGCAGUUAUCAACUUGAUUUUUCAGGAUAUGCUGGUACGCGAGAAAUGUUGGAACAGAAUGGACUGUUUGCGUCCAGAUGGGCAAUGCUCCAAGGGAAAAUGGAAAGGCUAGAUGUAGACAAACAGGAGAGUGGGGGAGCGCAGGUGCCAACCAUCUGUAGGACUGUAGAUGACUUAACAUUUGAGAGGCUCCAGCUGCCAGCAAGAGAGGAAUCUGAUUCCUGGGAAGGAGAGGGUGAAGGAAUGGUACAGAGCAACACUUAUGGAUUGUCAAAAUGGAGCAUAGAAGAGGAAUGCAAUGGAGCGUGGAACACCUGUGAUUUGUCAGAAAGCAGCAAUGGCAGCUCUAAUGUACUAGCCGAGAAGCCUUUAUCUUCAUUUAUUUACAAAACACUCCUUAAUCCAGAAGAUCAUGGUAAUGUAUCCCUUGACCACGAAGCAGUCAGUCAUGGUGUCCAGGAUGGACUAUGCACCAGAGAUCUCCAUGACACCUCUGAUAUUCCAUCUUACCCUUUACUGAGGGGCAAUAUUAACAGUCAUGAACCUUCAUGUUCAUGUAGCUCUGAUAAGGUACAGAUAGCUGGGUGGAUGAAAGGGAUCCAGUGUAUAGCUUCUGCACAGGGAGUGGAAACUGGCCCUUUGUUCUCCAGUGAGGUGUUCCCACUAGGCCAAGCGUCAUCUGAAGCAGAUGCUUAUGGAUCACCUGAUGCAGAGACAGAGAAAGGAUCUCAAGAAUUGAAAGAAAUUAAGGGAGAUGCAUAUUCAAGGGCCCCAUUAAAUAUACCUCAGAUAACUUCAGACAACUCAACAGACACCUCUACCUGCAGCAACACUACUAUGGGCCCUCUCUCCAUCUCACUGUUAGAUGUUGAAAGACAAGCAGCCACUGAUUCCAUCUUUCAGCACGACUGCAGUCCACUUUGCAAUUCUGUGAGAGAACGAAAAGAAGAAGGGGUUGAAGAAGAAGCGCCUCUAUUUUUCUCAGACGCUGCAAGGGGUGUUAAUUACUCUAAAAGUGCUGUAAAAUUGAAGGGUCAGACACGACAUCAGUGGAGCUUUAUGGAUCCCUCACUCUUGAACGGUAACUCCUUGGAGACUGCUGCUCAGCAUGGUGGGAAAGUGCACAGUGAUCCCACUGUCUGUAUUGGAGUUACCCACAAGCAAGAUUACAGUCCUGCAAAAAAAGUCCAGGUUGACCUAUGUAGAGAAAUGGUAGCUCUAGAGUUUGCGCAAGAUGUUGACCUGUUAAAGCAGCAUGCUGCCACUUCAAUAGACGGGUUCCCAUGUGCAGGCUCCCCUGGGGCAAGUGGAAAUGUAGGAAAGGUGAGCAACUGGGACUCCAGCAAUGCAGUACAUAUCUCAGGAGUAGGUCUGGAGAAGCUCGUGUCUGAUACUUCAAGUAGGAAGGCAGUCCUAGCAGAUCAAGUUUUGAAAGAUGGAUGUCUAGAGGAGCCUCUCCACAGCCCCAGGCAGGACUCAGCUUGGCUCAGCUGUGCUGCAUCCUCACAUUCUGAGAGCAUCAUGUCUGCAGCAGAGCCAAACACUGCCCUUUUAUGCAAGACUAAACUGGGCGAAGCACGGAGAUUUGUGGUCCAGGCCCACUGCGAACAGCUCGCAAAGAUGGAAUUGCUGUGCCGGAGAGAGGAAGCAUUGUUAAGCAUGCAGCCAAACAUGGACUUCAAUGACUAUGUGUUGAUGCUUGAAGAGAUCAUGGAGCUGCAGUCCCAGUGUGUGCACAGCAUGAGACUCCAGUUGGAUCUCUACCUCACCUCCAGGGCUCAGCCGUCACACACCGCAUGACACAUGUAACACCAACAUUACCCUAUAACCUUUUGACUAACACACUGGAGUACUUCUGGAGUAGCUCUGUCCAAAAUGGGGGAAAAAAAAAUGGUAUAUUAACUGCAUAGCCAAGACUUGGUUUGGUUAUUACUGGUUGGCUCUGCCAGCUAUCACCAUUGGUACUCUACAUGUUUCUGUGCAACAAUCAAUGUUGCCACAAUGUUUAUGACAAGAGCACAAUGUUUAUAAAGGUCUGACAGAUUAUAGCAUUGCACUAAUUUACAUA